GCUUCCUAUGUUACUUUUAUUUUUCAAUCGAGUCGACAGAGUUGCAAAUCUCACAUAUUUAACAGAGUUUUCUCAAAUUCGAACUCUGUUAUGUACUCUUUUUGUGAAAACUUUGUGCUUCGUUGUAAAAAAAGUGAUUGUAGUUCGAGAAAAGUGUAGUUGUUCAUCAAUUUUGAAGUUCUGUGAGUGCACUCUUUUUGGUGAUAAAUGCACAGAGGGGAUUUGGCAUUAGCUGAUGCGCUUCGAAUUUAGGAAGAAAGGAUUAGCAGAAAAUGCACAGAAAUUGUGAAUAUUUCGUUUAAUACUGCAAAAUGAUGGAGACGGAGGUGCGGAUUCUAAAGCAAGACUUGGUCCGCACUCAGGAGGCCCUGAAAGCGGCGACAAAGAAGUGCAGGGACCUGGUGCGAGAACUGGACAAUCGGAAUAUCAGUCAGGAGUCGGAGAAAAAUCUUCGAGACCAACAAUUGUCUAAAAUUCUACGUGCUUUGCUGGUUCUCGAGGCUCGCUUGAAACAGGAACAAAAAUCCAUCAGGCAACUCCUCUGUGAAAAAGAUAAUGUGAUUAGAAAUCAGCAAUUAGAAAUUGCGAAGCUCAGGCGUUAUACGAAAAAUUACAUCAAAGGGAAACGUGAUUCCAGUUUGGGUCAUUCGAUUAGUGUCGAGGAGUCAACAGUUACGGAGAAAAGUUCAUCUGGCAUUCAGAUGAAUGAAUACAACUCGAAGCAUGAUAGCAGCUUGAGCAAGGACAUCGAGAACCUAAAGUGCGAAAUCAUCACAAAGCUGAACACCUCCGAUUCUCAAGACACCCACGUCGAAGAGCACUCUCGAGGAAUAACGAAGACCCACAGCUUCGCUGGAAGCGAUAUUUCGAAAACCAGCUUGACCAGCAGUGAAAAUACAGACGCUUCUAUCAUCACGACAACCACCGAAGGUAGUCCUUCCCUGUUAAGUACUGAGGGCUUUUGCGAAGGCGAGAGCACAGACGUUUCUCCAGGUUCUACGUUGAACAAGUCGAGCAGGUGCACACCUACCACUGCCACUGAUAGUGAAAAUGAAACCAUGACGAUUCUCGAUGAUGAAGACACUAUGAUAGACGACGAGGGAAGUAAAUUCUCAAAAAGAAGAUAUGGUGUGCUGAGGGCAAAGACCUUGAAUAUCAUUAGCAACUCACAAAUUCAUGAAGUACCAAAAAUGGUCCGGACUGAUAGCAAAGAUGAUGGGAUGGACUGCAAUUUUGUUUCUGAUGAAGAGGAGAGACAAGAACCUAUUUAUGUGAACGCUUGUACAGAAAAUAAUGUUAGGAAUUUGCAAGGAGUGACCAGAACAAAUGAUGACUGCAGCAAUAAUAAUAACGUUAAUGUAAUUUCCAAACUCGAACCAGAAGAACAGACCCAGGAGGAGACGAGUGGAAACUGGUAUAGUGACCCCGACGAGGAUAGGAUGAACGAUGAUGUUUUCAGGCACACAUCUUAUCGGCCAAACAGCAAACACAAUUCCGUCCUCGAGUGUGUUAAUCAAAUCCUUCUCAGGGACAUGGAGGAAGAUGAAAGUGUCCUCUCGAUCCCCAGGCGAUUUAAACACCGAGGAAAAAUUGUCCGCUUCCAACCAGCAAGACUCUCAGACAUAGAAUCAGUUGGUUCAGAAAUGGAAAGGCGAAACUCCGAAGAAAACCCAGUCGAUGGUGAUCCAGCCAACGAAAACGAGCCAUCAGACAAUGAUACCGAAUCGGGUGCCUUCGAAGCUACUAUCUCGGAGGACGAAUUCGGUAUGAGACUUGACGAACCAUCUGAUACAAUCUUGGAACCUGAAACCAAUAUUGAUGAAGACGAGAAACCUAGACCAAUUGUGAUCAUAGAACCUAAGGUUGAAUCCGAAGAGACUUUAGGAAAUUCUCUUUCCUUCCCUAUUCCUCAAAAGCCGCAGGUGCCUCCAAAUUUAAGUCCAACCUUGAAAAUGGAAAGGAUUGAGGAAAAGACUUGUCUUCAGAUGUCCGCCAAGGGUCUGACAUUAGCAAAGAAUCUGGACUACGAGGACAUCGAAUCGCUUCCAGAAGCACUCUCACCACCACCACCACCACCAAAGACUCCACCUGCUCUUCCACCAAAGCCACAAUUCAUGAACAAUACACUAGUUUUGAAGAAGAUUCCUAGUCCCUCGUUUUUGAUCAAUGAAACUCGAAAGAAGCAGCUGAAUGAAUCUGAUGCUGAACAGGGCAAGAAGCUACUUACCUUUGCUUCGCCGAUCAAGACCUCAAGCACUACUUCAUCAUCUGUGAAGAGUCUUAGGUUUGAUGAGGAGUUUAACAAGUCCAGUGGAAGUGACUCAAGUGUCUGGAAGAAUAGGUUCAAUAAUAUUAGAUCGUCUUUCCACUCUAGACAGGGGUCUAGUAAUGUGAAAGAAGAACAGAAGAGAAAAUUUCCCAGGGUGACGAAUAUUGUCAGGCAUUUUGAAGAGUUUAAAAUUGGCGGAGAAAAUGAUGAUCGACUCAACGAUCGCAUCAAGCCUCGAGACAGGAAUGUGCUGGUUUCGCAGUUCGACGAGGAUCUCGACAUCAGGCAGAAUUUCGAGGAGUUCAACCUGGACGAUUGUGACCUUUCUGAUGAUCCAGAUCGACCCGAAGGUGAUGGAUCUGAGACUCUGACGAGCACAGGUGUAAUCACAGGGCCGAUUGAGAACUCGAUGAAGAAUAAGGACAAUAAUAACGUCGAUAUUCCCAUCGAUAACACUAAUAGCGGUUACGACCACUUCUUAGAAGCCACGGGCCUUAGCACGAAGUCAAUCUUGACACCAUCAAGACUCCUCAGCAACCACAAAAGCAUGCUCAAGCCAAAGGACGUCAAAUACAAGCACAAAGUCAAGGCCAACGCUGUCCUUGAAAAACACAGUCUCACGACAACUGGACCAAGUCAGACUCACGUCAGACAUUGGACUGGUCCGUUUGUUUGACGUUUGACAUUUUAGCUUUCAUUGCAAACUAAGUUGAUUUAAUAUGGAAAUGUACAGGGAUUUUUUAAACAUUAUUUUCUCUCUUGCAUUUGAGUAAAAAUGCUAUAAUUAGUCGAAUCGUGUGAACUGAGGGGAAAAAUGUGUGAGUAGACAUUCGAAAAAAGUGAAAAAAUAUUGAAAUUCAUAUUCGACUUUUUCACAAACUGUGUGCAUUGUAGUAAUCUAGCCAAAAAAAACAUGUUUUUUGUACAUUUAAAAAAUAUAAAAAUUGAGCGAAUCUGUUUUUUAAGAUUGAAUUUUUUUAUUAUUGUUCAGUAGCAAAAACUGUACAUAUAUAAAAUUCACCAUCAUUUUCAACCAAUAGGGAAACUUUGAUGAAUUUUCAAUUAAAAACAAUAUAAAACAAAAGAUACUAACCGAUUUCCACAUUAUUUUCACUUUUUUCGGGUGCACGCACAAAUUGUCUCACCUCAGUGCAAUCAAUUCCAUUAGUUUUAGCAAUUUUUCACUCCAUCCUAAUUGACAACCUGAAAGGAUUUACAUUUAAAGGAGGUGCUGUUUUAAAAUGUAAUUUCAAUUUUAAGAGAUUCAUUUAGAAAAUUGUUUAAAGUGCGCCUCAUGUACAAUUGUACAUAUUUCAACAAUUCUUCUGUAAAUAAAAUUUACAAAUAAAACUUUACGAGAAUGGGAUUCAGAUUUUUGUACUUUCAUAAGUCUUUUUAAUUUGAAGAAUUAAAAAUUAAUAAAUUUAAUUUGUGGUCUUUUCAUCAGUUCUACGUGUUUUUAAUAAAAUUAAUGAAUCUUCAUAUAUGUGAAUGUCUUAAUUUAGUCUGAAAUUUUUAAAAUGAUAAAUAUUGUACAAAUUUAAAAAAUUAGUAAAAUAAUGCUAAUUUGUUAUUAAUAUAUACAAGUGUGAUAAAUAUGAAACAACAUUCAAAUAUCUCUAGUCCUUUUGAAACUGAUUGCAUUCAGAUUUAGAUGUUAUAAAUUAUCCUGAUGAACAUGCACUUUCAAUAUUAAAUUACAAUAAUGUAUAUAAAUGUGAAAAAUGAAAUUUUUGGUAACAACUUGUAAUUACCAACGUAAAAUUUGGCAUCUAUCCGAAUUAUAGCAAAAAGUUACAGCUUCAAGUAGAUUUUUUUCACGUUUUUUUAACAAUUUUUUUAAUAUCAUAGAAAAUUACCAAAAAAAUAGACUAGAAACUAAAUCAUUUUUGGGUGAAAUUAAACAUUUGUACAAAACAUCACAAUUACAAAAUGCAUUUCCGCUAAGGUAUUUUCAGAACUCUCAAGUUUGAAUUUAUAUUUUAAACAUUUUGUUUAAAACAACAAAAAGUUAAUUUGAAAUCUAUAAAUAUAUGCAUAUUAAAAAUAUGUCUUUAUGAAAACAAUACAUGAUGCUAAUCAUUAGCCUUCACGGAUAUUAAAAUAAAAACCUUAACUUCAAUAUUUUGUUGUCUUUUAAAGAAAUUCCUUAAAUAAAAAAAAUCCUGUACAUUUCUACAAAAUUUGCCAAUUCUAUAAACCUUGUUUACUUUCUUAUCUGUAAAUAAGGAAAUGUCCUCUUAGAUUUGUCUCAGCUGUGACAUUAAUUUUAAGAAUUAAUACGUGUUAAUUGUUUCAGAAAAGCUAUUUAUAAAAUAAAUGAUCAUAUGUAGGAAGAGUAAAAA